AUGAUUUGCAGGCGCAAUUCGGUGAAUUGUGAAACGCUAAUGUUCGACAAAGAUGCUUCCUCAUCGUCAUCAUCAGUGGCUCUGCACAAGGAAGGCAGCAGUUCCAGCAGUAAUAAUAGUCUAUUUAUGAGUGGCAGUGCCGGAAAUCGACGAUCCCAUGUUGAUUUCCAUAGCAACCUUGAUUUAACGACGAACGAUUUUUUGGCGUUCUUGGAACGAAUGCAAAGUCAACGGUUGGACGAUCAGCGAUGCGAAAUGCCGGAUGUUCAUGUUAGCUGUUUCACUUCAUUUUUUUAUGCACAUCAAAAGUCUUGA